AUGCAAUUUCCAUCGUCCACAAGUCGUGCUCUUAACACAAGACUGGGUCGAAAUAGAACAAUAUCAGAGUCUGCAGUAAUUCACGGAAAACAUGCCGCCACCACUCCUCUUGUUUUUGAACAAGAGCUGAGUAUAUCAGGCAAGCAACUACCAUCACAAGAAGUACCGCAAGCAAAGAUUUUCGAUUUCAAAGUUGUUUGUGAGAUUGAUGAACUGGCAGCGCAACUGAAGGAUGAAACGGUAAAGCCUACCCUCAUUGUGAACGAGACUUCUCUUGCUGAUCUUACGGAUGAGUUGAAGUUUCCAAAUCAUCGGGAGCUGCCACCGACUGACAAAGAAGGAGCCGCACCAAACGUAGACAAGUCUUCGAAUGCGAAACUUCUCUCCUUGGAACAGCGCAUUCGCCGAAUUGAGUCGUUGGUUGGCACGUAUGAUCCAGCUCGACAGUCCAUUGCAGACGCUGUUGAAGAUAUACGGUAUGUUUGGAAACGUAUGCAGAUUAUUGGAGAUGUCUUACGUAGAUAUAAAAUGGACUAUCGAUGCAAUUUUCUUGGUCUCACGGCAAUGAUAGAGUUUGUCAUGCAGGUGUGCGGGCUGCCUGCUGUCAGUUUUCAAAAGAUUAUCGAGGUCGUCAUACGUAACGAGUCACGCCUUACGAGAGAAAUAGUUCGACAUUUGAACCAUGUCGAAGAGAGAGUGCUUGAAGAAUUGGCUUGGACCAAAGAUAGCGCUUUAAACAUGGUUAUCGAUACUAACAAGUACACUAAUAUCCAUCAAAGUAAUGAACUCUGGCUCCCUGCCGACAAGAACGCAAUUUUUGCGCUCAUCAUUCUGAUAGUUUUGUUGGUUUUCAUUUACAUACUGCUCAACAAAAAACUAAUUCUCUGCGGAACUCCGUGGACGACCACCAACACACGCCCUCGCGUCGAGAACGUUUAG